UAGAUUUAUCAGCAUUGCAGCAGCAACCACAUCUAAGACAACAAUUCAGAAAAAUGCCAGCUGGACGUGUUGCCGGAAAGGCGGGUUAUUCCAACCACUACUAUAAUGGCCGCUCAUAUGUUGGCAUCAAUGAGGAGAUUAUGUGGGUUAGCAUUGGCAUGGGCAUAACCAUUGCCCUAUUGAUCACCAUUGCCCUGUGCUACAUUGCACGCGAAAAAUGUCAAAAGCGUCAACGAGAAUAUUAUGUGUCAGCAUAGCUGGCUUUAAAAUGUCAAUCCGAUUUGGCGACCAAGAGUAUCACCGCAACACCCGCCACAAC